GCAAUGCUCCUCUGUCUUUCUCGUCCAAAGUGUGCUAUAUAAAGUACAGAGACCCCUCCAGUGUUGGUGUGGCGCAACAUCUCACCAAUACUGUUUUUAUUGACAGAGCUUUGAUAGUAGUGCCAUGUGCCGAAGAUGACUAGACUGGCCCAGCUGUUACACUACACUAGCCUGAGUCAGGCAUUGUUUUCCAAGCCACUAUCCCCGAUCGGGCCAACGCAGCCUUCAAGGGGGAAUGUGACCAGGAGAAUAGCCCGCUGAACCUUCCAAGAUGGACACCUUGUCUCUUUUUAUUUAUUUAUUUUUUUCUUUUGGUUUGUUUCCUUUCAUACUUUCCCAUGUUGUCCACUCUCUACUGUCUCUAUCUAGAAAAAUACCGUAUUGCUUAUCUCUAGCUUUGUGUUUAUAUUUGUUAUUUUGGUUUGUUGUUUUGAUUAUUGUCCAACCCCCACCCCCUCUCUCUCUUCUGCUACAGCUGCAGCUUGUGUGUGAUUGAAUUCUGUCCAGGUUGCUACGGCAUACCGGUGGGAUGUGUAUCACACAUGGGAUGCUAGGAGGAUCACUAACACUUUACUCUCUUGUCACCUACUCCUGUUGACAUAGUGAGAGGAUUAGACAUUAUAAUAGUGAGACCCAGUAGAGUCUUUUAAAUUCUUUUUGCACUUUUCACCUGUGCUGAAAUCUGUAGUAAAAAAGGUUUCCCCAUAUAUUACUACUUUAUAGUUCUGGUAUGGAUGUUUAGUAUUUAUUAACCCAGUCACUCUCCAUUGAACAUCAUUUUUUCUCUCUUAACUUGGAAAUUCGUGACAUGCAUUAAUGUUUUGCGCGUUAUUUGUUUGACAUAUUUCCUAGCAAUACAAGAAUUUUUCAAAUGGUAACUCAUGCUCAGUGCCUCCAGCUAUAAUGAACAAAAUUUGAAGUGUUUUUUGUUUCUUAUUGGUCUUUAUGUAGCCUUUUUCUCCAGCUAUAAUCCAGAGUGGAAUGAUCAAAAUCCCUAAUUGGUUGUUGUUUUAGCUAAGUCUUGGCUAACAUUUACUACAGUUCUUAAAUUUGUUGUUCUUUUCUGUAUUUGAUGUCCUGUGUGCUAUUAGUGAUGCAGCCAUUGGGGUUGUCUUGUGUUGCACACCUUUCCAACACUGCGAAACGAUCGCCCCACGGAAAAGCGCCCAUGCUUGAUAUCGUAUGGUUCAUGACCAAUAUGUUUCCAGUACAGGGAAAAUCCCAGAAGAGGCCAAGGCCUUGUCACUUUUGGCACCUGCUGCCCCAGUGCCCAGUCUGAUUUCUGGUGGAGGACUGCUGCCAAUUCCCACUCCGGCUCCGCUUCAGAAUCUGAACCUUCCCAUAGUGAAUCGGCUGUCAGCUGCUCUGGACCCCACAGCCUCAGUUCACUCCCAGCCCCCCCUCAUGGGGAAUGUGGAUCCUUCAAAAGUUGAUGAGAUCAGGAGGACCGUCUAUGUUGGCAACUUGAACUCACAGACUACCACUGCAGACCAGCUGUUGGAGUUCUUCAAGCAGGUGGGAGAUGUUAAGUUUGUGCGAAUGGCCGGAGAUGAGACCCAGCCAACACGCUUCGCCUUUGUAGAGUUUGUUGAGCAGGAGUCCGUCGCCAGAGCCCUGACCUUUAAUGGAGUCAUGUUCGGAGACAGACCCCUGAAGGUUAAUCAUUCCAAUAACGCCAUAGUAAAACCCCCAGAGAUGACACCACAGGCUGCUGCUAAAGAGCUAGAAAGUGUGAUGAAGAGGGUGAGGGAGGCCCAGUCUACUAUUGCUGCUGCCAUCGAGCCAGUUGACAUAAAGAAGCGUUCCUCCAGUCGGUCUAGAAGGUCACGACGGUCACGCUCACGGUCCCGCUCCCGUUCACACUCAAGAAUGCACAGGAAAAGGUCGCGUUCGAGACACAGACCGGUGCCAAAGUUGUGGCCAAGGAAUGACUCCCACAAUUCCCGAAGCAGCCACAGGAGACGGUCACGUUCCAGAGACAGGAGACACAGUCGAAGUCGAUCAAGGGGCCACAGGAGGAAGAGUAAGGAUCGUUCCAGGAGCCCUCGGAGGAAAGCUAGAUCACCCUCACCUAAAAGAGGUAAGAAAGACAAGAGGAGGGAGCGCAGCAGGGACCGAAAGGACCGCUCCACGUCCAGGAAAAGGAGCCGCAAGGACGAGGACAGGAUAAAGGACAAGGCGAAGCCAAUGAAGGUGGAAAGGGACUAUGACCGAGAAGAAAAAGAAGACUAUGAAAGUGAGAGAGAAGACUCGGUCACACUCAGCGAGGACAUGAUGUCAUCACCCUCCACCCAGCAUAACGGCAGCUACAAGACUCACAAUGAGGAGUACGCAUCUAUGGGUGCAGACAGCACCAAGUGACUAUUACAACACCAUGUAAACUAAUCCUGCACACACGCUCAUGAACACCAGAUAACCACUCACAACAGCUUGUUUUUCUCAUCAUCAUCAUCUCCCAUUAUACAAACUGAUUUCUACAGCUCAGUCUUGGCAACAUAUGGAUCCUAUAGUUCAGUUAAUUUUGGUAUCCCACUUAAAAGGCAUAUGAGCACUUAGUAUAACAGAGACAGCCCCACCUUUACUAUUUGGUAGGGAAGCUUAAGAUUUUUGGGCUUGCAAUAGGUGUACAUGAUUAAUGUAACAGUGCAACACUAAAUGCUACAGGCUCAGAAACUAACAUGAACAGCUCAACAAUAACUGGACAACAGCGGCUUCCCAAAGUCUUUGUUGCAAAGCUUUAAGGCAGGUGAUGCUGUGUCCACCUACUGUAUGUGUUUUAUGCUUCAAGACCUUAAUCCCUUUUAUUUCUGUAUCGAUACUUAACCUGAAGUCUCCUACCCCAGCAGACUAGAAAAAUGUGCAGGCCUGAACCAGCUGCAGAGCCUUAGUGACUCCUCAUAAUCUGUCACAGACCAGCCUCAGAGGAGACAGUCAUGAUAGUUGCCCCAGGCCAAGAUCCUGCAGGAUGAACAAAGUUAAUACUUGUUUCACCAGCAAUUUAAUGCCAGAUUUAAGUUGUAGCUUUGUCCUUGGUUACAUGAAUAUUACCUGACUAAAAAAAAAGAGAGAGAGAGAGAGAGAGACCCUUUUUUUUUUGUGGCCAUUCGUCCAGCAACAUUUUGACCAUACACUGCAAAAGUCGAAACAGCCUGUGAUGCCUCUAAGAUGAUCAGUUUUUAUGUCAUAAUGUAGUAUGUCUACCAUACUGUAGUAUGUCUGCCAUUUCCUUAAACACUGUUUUUGUCUCAACAAUUUGCAGCGACAGUCAUAAAAUGUUUGUAUCUUACAUUAUGCAUCACUUAUUUGUGAGAGUGGAACAGCAUCAUUGGAGGAGAGAUUUGUCUUUAUACGUAAACAGGCACUACAUUCCUGUGGUGCGUGAGAAUCAGUGCAAAAGUAGGGUUCCCACAUGAGGUGAGACAUGUUGAUGCAGAAACAUAAAAAAAUUUUAUGUGCAAAAAUACAGGCUCUUACAGGCAAAGGAAAGCUUGGACUGGCAGCUACUCUGGAUUGCAACAUAUUUUAAGCUUGGCACACUUUUUCAGGCAGUAUUUAAAGGUGCAGUCAGCAGAUCCAAUACAUCUCCUUGUGUGUGUGCUGGUGUGUUCAUACACACCCCCAGCUCUGUAAAUGGGAAACAAAGAAAGUGGCUCAGACCAGCUUGAGUUCAGAUAUUAUUAAUCUCUCUCCAGAAUCGCUGACUCCGUCUUUAAUAAAAAAGUUUUAGGAAAAUUACCUCAGUAAAUCCUUACUCUGUAAUAUCCAUCUACAUCUGGUCCUGUCUGGAUGUUGGGGGUAAAGUAACUUCAGUUUCAGUUGUAGCAGGGAUGCUUUACAUAUUGUCUCUUGGAGCACCCAGUUGAGUCAUCAGUUUCUCAUUUUCAUUUACUAUGUAGUGUCUGUUUUCAGAGUUUGUAGGUGUGUAUCAGGUGCAGUUUGUCAGAACAUUAACAAAAGUGACCACUGGAAAAAAAUCAUUAGAUUAUAAUUCAGGCCAGUAAAACUUAAAAAAAAAAAACUAAAAAGGAACUACUGAUCCAAACAAAGUUCUUAGUGAUUAAACCAGAUACUUUUAUUGGACCAGCUGAAAGGUUCUUUAAAAGGUGAACAUUUCAUGUUAUUACUGACACCUCGUGACUGUGACCGACACCUCUCUGUUUUCCCUCUAUUCUUCUGCUCUGGUUUUUGUGUGGCUGUGACGACAGCUUCCCAUAUUCUGUUUGCAUAUUUACUAAGUGAAACAUGUGGCGCAUUGCAUAUUUGAUUCACGUUUUUUCGAGGUCUGCUGAGUGUGUGGAUGAAAUAGAAACAGCAAAAUAGAAAUGAUUUGCCCUUUGUGUGGUGUUAAACGGAGAUUUGAACUACCAGGUCUGUGAAGAAUCCUUUGUUCCUUGUUCUGCACCAUUUUUCUCUGCAUCUGGGAAUGGGGACAUCCUGCAAAAUGUACGCUGCUUUAAGUGCUGUAGUUACGAGAAUUCAGAAUGGUAUUUUUUUCUGUUUACCUGUUGCUAAUAUAUUGUUAUGAAAAGAUCUUGUUUGGUUAACAUAAGUACAUCAUUCUGGUUUUUUUUAUUGGGUGUACAUUUACAUACAUUUUUAUAUUUCUAAUCGGUCACAACGACGUAUUAUGUUCCCUUUCCUGUUGUUAUUGUUGUAAUGCUGUGAUGAAGAAAAUGUUUUAUAGAUAUAAAUCAAGCCUAUACUGUAAAAAUGAUGGUGAUGUGCAAAAUGUCUGUCGGCUCAUAUUGCUCAACAAAGUGAGAUGCAGACAAAGCCCUCAGUGGCAGUCUGGAUAUGUCACAGGUCAACAAACUGCAUUCAAGCACAGAAGGGUCAAAAAGUGCCUAGACUAAGAUUGUACAGAAUAUUCUAAUAAAAUAUGGAGACUUAUUGACAAAUGCAACCUGAAUUUAUUGUUUAGGAUACUAAAUAGCUGAAAGUAAUGAAAUGUUAUAUUUAAGUAUUGUUGGCUGUCUUUAGUGGUUAAUAGAGUAGGUUGAACAUUCAUGGGACUUCUGUGGAUUUGUCUUUAAUUUUAAUUUUUUCUUGUCAUUUUUGGAGUUCAGUUUUCAGUAUUGUGAUUGUGUUGAAAUGUAUCUGCAAACUGGCCCCAGAUUAGAGACUUAAAUUCCACCCUUGGCUUUUACAAACCUGAUUUAAUGGUUUUUAUUUUCCAGCUUUUUUAUGCACACAAGGCUUCAGAUUGAAGUGGUGAACUCGUGAAAAAGUUUAACAGUUUAAAAAAAAAAUGCAUUUCCAACACAAUGGAUAGUACGUAAAGAAUUUUAUUUUUUAUAUCCAUAUGUCCACUAUGUACGGUAAACACUGUAGAAGCAACUCAUGGUUUGCUCCUGGGGGAUUGGGCACUUGAUAUCUGUGUUUGGGACUUGAUGUAAAGAUUUGGUAACUGUUUUUGAAGAGCUUGGAUGUGUGUAUGUGGUCCUCCUCAGUUUGAAACUAACGUUACAUUUGAUCUGUUUCCAAAAACACUCAAUAAAGAGACUUUCAUGCAGUUA